AUUGUCCUGUAGGUGAUUCAGAACUCAUCGAAUUUGGAAUACGGGACUUCAUAUAGAUUUCGUUAACAUUCAUUGAACUGAGUUGCUUUAUGAAUUGAGUUUGGCGAAUAUGUUCAGAUUUUCUGGUUUGACCUGUCACCUAGGCUUUUAUAUUGGUAAAAAUAUCGAGCCUUUGUAAGACUAGAUCAGAUAGCUUUGGUUUGCUUGCUUGGAGAGAUGGAAAAGUUGACGCGUGCUGAAUCCGGACGCUUGUAUUCAUGGUGGUGGGCUAGUCAUAUCAGCCCAAAGAAUUCUAAAUGGCUCCAGGAAAACCUUGCAGACAUGGACAACAAGAUCAAAGAAAUGAUCGAGCUCGUAGAUGAAGAUGCUGAUACCUUUGCAAAAAGAGCAGAAAUGUUCUAUAAGAAACGGCCCGAGCUUAUGAAAUUGGUAGAGGAAUUUUACCGAACGUACCGUGCUUUAGCAGAAAGACAUGAUCAUGCCACUAGAGCACUUCGACAGGCUCAUCGAACAAUGGCAGAAGCAUUUCCCAACCAAAUCCCGUCAGUAUUAACUGAUGAGAUGCCUCCACCCAUCCAUGAACUGUUUGAUGACUUUCAGAAGGAUGCUUUGGGCGGGUCUUCACAUUUGAAUGAGAUGUUUGCAUCUGGGGAGGAGACUACCUAUUCAAAUACCAGUGAAGAGAGGGCAAGACAAGGCUUGGAUGUCCAAGAGGAGCAAGGAAAAGGUUCGGAGUAUAAGCUACUGGAAAAUGAAAUUCUGCGAUUGCUGAUGGAAAACCAGGAGCUCGAGAGCCAAAUUAUGUCAGAGUCAGUCCAUGCUAGCAGCGCUGAAACUGAAGUACGAAGCCUAAAAGACACCCUCUCUGAAUUAAAAUCUGAGAAAGAAGCUGCCAUUCUUCAAUUCCAGCAAUCUAUGGAAAGGAUGGCUAGCCUGGAGAUGGAAAUAUCCUGCUCCCGAGAAGACAUUAGAAAGCUUAACAAUGAGAUGUUUAUAGGAGCUAAGAAUCUGAAUGUUGCACAAGAGAAAUGUCUUCUGCUGGAGAAAGCAAAUCAAUCUCUAGAGUUGGAGCUAAAGCAGAUCAUUAACAAACAUGAAGAAGAAAAGGUUACUCAUUUGCAGAACCUGAAACAAAUGGAGGAGCUGUUAGAGAAGAAUGCACUGUUGGAAAACUCUCUCUCAAAUCUAAAUGUUGAGUUAGAGAGAUUAACAGAGAAGAUAAAGACAUUAGAAGACUCCUGUGGAUGUUUCUGUGGCAAGAUUUCCAUCCAUCCAUCUGAAAAGGCUGUGCUGGUCUCCCAGGUAGAGGCUACUCUGCAGAAUACGGCAAAGCGUUUGGAGAAAAAUACAUUGGAGAACUCCCUGUCUGAUGUGAACAUCAAACUGGAAGAUUUGAGAGGAACGCUGGAAGGCCUUGAGAAACACUGUCAGUCUCUUCAUGAUCAAAAUUCUGAACUUCUUGCUGAAAAGAGUUCUCUUGUCUCCAAGGUGGAGAGCAUUAGCAAGAGUCUGGAAAACUUGGAAAGUAAGUAUGCAGAAUUAGUAAACAAAUACUUAAAUUUAGAGAGGGAGAAAGAUUUGACACUACAUCAAGUCAUGAAGCUAGAGGAGUUACUGAAACUAGAAAAGGAAGCGCAUCGAGCUGUUAUCCAGUCUCGCAGGAGUCAGCUGAAUACUUUAGAAAACGAGAUCUUUUCCUUACAAGAAGAAAUUCAAUGUAGAGAGGAGGAGCUCGAAGUGGAAGAGCAUAAACUUUUAAGUGCCCAGAUUGAGAUUUUUAUCUUGGAGAGAGGCCUGCAUGAUAUGAAAGAAAAAUGUAUGGUUCUUCUAGCAGUUCGCCAGAAACACGAAGAGACAUCAAGAGAUGCAGAAAAAUUAAUUUCACAAGAUGAGCAGGACAACCUCAUUCAAGAGAAAAAUGUAGGAUCUUCAUCGGUAAAUUAUGAGAAGCUGAGGGAGGGUGUUCAUCUGAUCCUGAAAACACUAAUAGCUGAAGAGUAUGGGCCUCUGGAUGGUAUCAAAGAUGAAUUGCUUUUGCAGAUUAUUCUGCAUGAAAUUAGAUGUUUGUUGAAAUCGCUUUCGGAGGCCAGGGAUGAAAAGCAGCAUCUGCUUCAUGAGAAAUCUGUAAUUCAUGGCGUUAUGGAGCAGUUUGGACAUCAUGUGGCAGAUCUGCAGUCAGAAAAGAAGGUUCUCAAGAAAGAAUCUAAAAUGAGGACAGAGGAACCUUCAGUGCUGCAUGGCCAAAUGCAUGAACUCUUUGAGAUGAAUGAAAAGUUGAGGCAGGAUAUGCAAGCAAGUAAUCUAAGACAAGAAGCAAUCAAGGCUGAAAUGGGGAACCUUUAUGGACAGCUAUCAGAUUUGUUGGAGGCUCGUUGCUUAUUGCAAAGAGAGAUUGGUAGGUUACUAGAAGAAAAUUUCUCUUUGUCAAAGAGAAUAGAUGACAUGAGGGUGAAACAAAACACAUUGGAGGAGGAAAACAGCAUUAUCCUUGAAGAGGCCAUGGCCCUAGAAUAUCUUCAUCUGAUCUUCAGAAGUUUUGAUGCUGAGAAUGCAUCAAAGCUGCAAUUGUUAAAAAAUGACGUGGACUAUCUUCAUGGGGCUAGAAAUGAGCUCGCCCGGGCGAACAGACCAAUGGUCGUAAAAUCAGGAGUGCUAGAACUUGAAAACGCGCAUCUCAAGGACUUGGUUGUUAAUCUGGAAGACUGCCGAAGACGUUUGGUGAUACUUGAGAAUGAUCUUAGUGCAUGCAUAAGCGUCUGCGAACAACUGAACCGACCAAUUGAUUCAGGAAGGAACCUUCUAAUAAAGAAAGACAUGGAGCAGUUACAAGCAAAUCAAAAGAUCCAACAAGCAGAAGAUGUGACAACAGAAUUAUGUCGAAGUAUCAAGGGCCUUAAGUUGCACAUUGAUGAGGGUGAGGUGGCAAGAGAAGAGUUAGAGAAGAAUAUUUCGACAUUGUCAGAAGAUUAUACCCACAAGAAAAUUGAGACUGCAUGUCUUCAUCAAGUAAAUGAGAUGUUGAAAGGAGAACUUGAUAAAUUGCAGAAAGAGGUUGGAGAGCUUAGAAGAAGAGAGGAGCAUUUGACUUCUAAACUGCAGAGCAGAAGAGAUGAGGUCAAGUGCUAUGAGGAAGAAAUUGCAUCAUUAUUAGCUGAAAUUCAAUCUACCACCAUCAAUGCAGCAAUCUUUGAAGAAAGGUUGCUUGAACUAACAGCAACAUAUCAUAACCUUGAGAUAAGUGCCAUGGUGCAAAGGAAAGUGCUAAAGGAGGAAAUCACUCUAAGAAAUGUGUGUGUGGAUGAAUUAAAGGAAAAAUUGGAGGCUCGGGAAAGAGAAAACAAAGAACAUAAGACACACUUGUCUGCAUAUGUGCCCCUUGUCAUGUCUUUGUGGGGCGAUGUCGCCUUGCUGGAAGAAUACAUCCUUAUGCUGGCCAAUCAUAGUUCAGCAGAAAAGCAAGAAAUACAGGAAGUUCCAUUGGUGCCUCUCCAGAGCAAGAAGAGCAGUCAAGAACCAAUCAAAGAUGACAGUGCCAAAGAUCUGACGGGAAUUCUGAAGCUGCAACAAUUGCAUGCCAAGGUUGAAGCACUUCAGAAGGUCGUCAUGGAUGCCAAAAAUCUUUUAAGGCAAGAAAGGUUUGAUGCAUAUGCUAAUCUAGAGGCUGCAAGGAAAGAAAUUGAAUGCUUAAAAUCAAAGGGAACCUCAGAUGAUCAUAUCACCAAAGUGAAGCAUGAGCAGAACAUGAAGGAUGUACAACUAGAUCUUGUUUCACAUUCAUCACAAUCUGGAAUUGGAAAUAGUGUUGGUUCAUAUGGGCAAAGAAAGACAGGAAAUGUUAAAACUAAUGAUGAGGGGUUUGAAGUAAGGGGAACAGCUGAAGGAGAUCACAGCAACCAAAUAGAGGUAACUCCAUCAGGAACUAUGGAGCAUUAUUUAGAGUAUCGCCAGAUCAAAGCAAUGGAGGAAGGAAAAGGUAAGCACCCCAUUUGUGAACUGCUGGAUGAAAACGACUUGGGCAUUGACAAGCUGGAACUACCAAAAAAUGUUAUGAUGGAAUCUCAUAAAGAAUGGAACAGAAAGGUCAUCGAAAGGCUUCUUUCUUCUGAUGCUCAGAGGCUAUUGGUCCUGCAAGCAAGUGUACAUGGACUAAAAGCAAAUAUGGAAAAAUCUGAGGAUGUUGAUAUACCUAGAGGUUUUGAAAUUGAUACAGUCAAAGCACAGUUGAGAGAGGCUGAGGAAAUCACCUCACAGUUGAUUGGUACCAACAGCAAGUUGACAAAGAAGGCUGAAGACUUAACUGUGUCCUCUGACAAAAUGCUUGAGGAAAAUGUGGAUUCAUGGAGCACAAGACAACGGAUAAUCUUAGAACAGGCACGAAGGGUGUCAGAAAGGAUUGGAAGGCUGGAAGUGGAGCUGCAAAAAAUCAAGUAUAUCUUGCUGAAACUUGGGGAAGGACAUGUUAAGGGAAUGCCAAAAAUCACUUUGCAAGAAUAUCUCUAUGGAAGGAGAAGCAACCAUCGACAGAAGAAAGCCCCUACUUGUGGCUGCAUCAGGCUUAAAGCAAUAGAUGACUAGUUCUCAUUCCUACUGCUUGAAUCACUUGGCUCCGCUUCUUUGAUAGAAGCAAAUGAAAGGUUCAUGCAAGCAUAGUAUUCAUAAGUUAAAUGAAUUCAGUAAGUUAUUUCUGCAUCGCCAUCUCAUUUUGUAAGAGAAGUCUUCAACUUGAUACUUCAUAACUAAGCAGUCCUGAUUUAGCAUGGAAAUUUAGUCCUGAUCCAUAUGGAAAACUCAGGGAAUCUUGACAACUCUCCCACAAAGUAAUGGAAUUAUGCAACUGUUCCAUUUCUUGCUGAAAUUUUCAAGGUAUUUCGUUCUGCAUCAGGAGUCUAACUUGUCUGUUCAUAGCCUAAUUUUCAGAAAGAACUAAAAGCACAGCAUUUGAAGUAAAGGUUUCCUUGAAACAUGGAAAGGUAAUAGGCGACCUUGAGUCAAGAUGUCCUCUGAAGCAGUUUAAGUUUGUUUGAAAGUUAACGGUAACCUUGUGCUGCUGACACCAUUUUCUUGCUUCAGAACUUUGACUUCUAGUAUAUGGUUUCCUUCUUUGGAGAGAGGGCCAGAUAUCUCCUUCGCCAAGAAUGACUACAGAAUGAAAGUGUUCAUCUGUUUCCAAUCCCUUCGAUCAUUUACCUAGCCCACAACAAUAUUCAGUUUGCUACCUUAACUUUUGAACUUAUCAGACAAUGGGUAAUCUGAAAAUUGUCACAACAGGGAUCUUAUUCAGUUACAGUUAAGGGCUAUUAAGGGGUCUCAAUGAACUGAAUAAUUAGGUUCCAACCAAAGAAUUCAUUUAAUGUUGGUUAUCUGGUAUCAUACCAUGUAUAAAUACAAAAUUAAUUUAUUAAGAUAUUAGUUCUUGAUACGAUGUCUGAGUUGUCGAUUACUAUGCGAUUAAGAUAUUAUUAUUACGAUUUUUUUCACGUUCCUGCAAACAAACAUUAGAUGUUGCUAUUAUAAA